UUUGGUUUGGGAAGUAGUGUAGAUAUAAAAUCUGUCCUUUUGUAACCCCAAUUUUGCCUGUUUGUCUAUUACUUAGCUGUGAAUUGAUAGAACGAAAAAAAAACUGGAAAAAACAGACCUCCCCAACUCUAAAUUUCUAGUUCAGUCAAAGCAAAACAAACAACACUUUAAGGGUGGCCAUAUAACACUUUAAGGGUGGCCAUAUUGGGAUCAUUCUUUGUCAGUCUUGUUAUCAUUUUUGCCUGAAAUGAAUCUCCACCACAAAAACAUAAGCUAGCCUGAUCUGUUAAGAAAUUAUUCCAAAGGGAUUCGAGCAAUGUCGAAGCAUCUGUAUGACCAACUCUGUUUGGUCUCACUGGUCAAGUGGUUUGUUACUUCCCUUCACCUCUAUGGGUUGGAGUUCCACUAGGGGCACAAAGUUGUUCAUGUGCCGAAGCCAUCUAACUGUGCUUCAGAAGAAAUGUUAUUCCACACAUGUGCCUGUAUUGUCUUAAACAUUCCUCAUGCUGUGCCGUUAAAUAGGCAGGCCUUCAGAUUAAUGUAGAAAAAUCAAAAUUAAAAAUAAGACACUCAUCCCUUAGAAAUUAUAACUAAAAAAAAAAAGUGUUUCAGUGAGGUUUGGCAAGAAUUUAUUUGCAAAAUCAUUCAUGUAGUCUUUAAAACAUAAUAGAAAAGCUAUAUACUGUGUUACCCACACUGUAAAUGUUUGAUUUCUGUGUUAUUUCUAAAGAAAUGUUAACUUCAUGUAUAAUCAUAACCGCCUCCUCAAGGGUCCAAGCUGGGAAAAAAAAUAAAAAAAGCCCGCUCGCUCCAUGUAAAAUCUACCCGCCUCUGAAAAAAUCAAAAUUGAGAAAAAAAAAAUAAAAUAAAAAUUUCGCUCGCCCGCUCCAAUUUUUUUUUUAAAUUUUCCGAAGAACUAUUAAUCAAUUUGGUAUGGCCUAAGGUCUGGAGAAACACAAUAGUUAUUGAUAUUUGACCAAUAUGCCAAAUAUGCAUCAAUUUGACAAUGGCACUAUUUUUUUCUGUUGAAUUUCAUGACAAUGUUUUAGGUAAUUUAAAUCUUAUUUGAAUGUUUGGGCUUUUUUGUAUAAAAAAAAAACACAGUGUGCUGAAGAUCUGGAAACCUCAUAGAAUUCGAUUAUCGGAUGAUUUUUUUUUUGCUGUCAUUUCUAUGGAAACAGAUCUAUGUUUAUUCAGAAAAAAAAAACAUAAUGAGUUAUUUUGAGAAUUAAUACAAUGCUCAAGGUAUAGAGUACAAGUAAAUAGUAACAGUUGAAUCACACAACAUAUUUUUUUCUAAAAGUGAAAGAAACUGAAAGUGAUGGUAGAAUUGGAAAGAUACGAAAGGGAUAUUCUCCUUGCAUGAAGUCCUGCAUAACUAGUGAUGGAUAUUAUCUGCCUCUAACUGCUAGAAAUUUGGAAAUAUUUCACUGUAGUGCUGUGAGUAAAAUUCUAGGAAAACUUGUUAUGUAAGACUGGGUAAAGUGUACUUCCCUAUACUACCAGGAAAUUUUGUAUGAAUUAAAGAUAAUUAAUAAUAGAAAAGGAAAAUAGUCAUGUUCACCUGUGUGUAUCUGUUGUCUUGGAUAUUAAAGGUUGAAUAUAAAUAUGAGGAAAAUAUUGGAUAUACAUUUAUGUAAUGUCUAAAUAAAUUGGAAGAUAUAUAGGAGAGAAAAUAUCAGUUAGCUGUUCUUUCACAAAUAUGAAUUUAAAUAGAAAACAGUGUUUUUCAGAAAUUUUGGAUUAAAAUUUUUGUAUACUGCUUUGAUGGGAAGCCGAGUGUUCAGGAUGUUGGAAAAAUAAAGUGUUAAAAAAUUUGGCAAUUAAGGGAAUUUAAUAGGGAACAAUGGUGAAGAAGUUUAGUAUUGAGGAGGUGCCCGUUGAAAACAACAUUCCUUUGGAACCCCUGUUACCAACCGGGGCUGGUAAUGAUACCCCGAAAGAACAUUCCUCUGGUAGCGGGUCCCCGGAAGAAGAGCAAAGUCCCAAAAAGACAGAGCCAUUACCCAUGAUCACUGUAACGUCGGCUAACGGAGAUCAUGUGAUCACGAGAAUAAAACAUGCAGAAGAUAAAGAAGGAGAUGAUACCGCCCAGCAUAAUGAUCAGCAGUACCUGGCUUUGGCUGAUGAACUGUCAAGGGCAUCCUCCGGCUCCAAUCAAAUGGCCUUAUAUGAGGAAGACAUUCACCAUCAGGGUAAAAUAUCAGCUCUUCUCAACCGACUGGCAAAUUACCAUGCAGGAAUAGAACCAAAUACAAGCGAGAGAAAAAAGACACAUGCAAAGGCUCGGCUAGGGACGUUACUUGGUGUGUAUCUGCCAUGUAUACAGAAUAUCUUUGGUGUGCUUUUGUUUAUCCGUAUGACAUGGAUAGUGGGUAUGGCGGGUGCGAUAGAGGGCUUCCUUAUAGUCCUUGUCUGCUGUGGCUGCACACUGUUGACCGCUAUUUCAAUGAGUGCCAUAGCAACCAAUGGUGUGGUUCCUGCCGGAGGGUCAUACUUCAUGAUCUCUAGAGCCCUGGGACCGGAGUUUGGAGGGGCUGUAGGGAUACUGUUUUAUCUAGGGACCACAGUUGCAUCUUCCAUGUAUAUAAUAGGAGCAAUAGAAAUUCUUGUGACAUACAUGGCUCAAGAGAUCUCCCUGUUUGGGGAUGUGUCUGUACAGAGUAAUGCAUUGAAUAAUUAUCGGGUGUACGGUACGGCAGUUCUCCUACUCCUGGGUAUCAUUGUCUUCAUAGGCGUGGCAUUUGUGAGCAAGUUCGCAACAUUAUCCCUGGCUUGUGUCAUCUUGUCUAUAUUGUGUAUAUACAUUGGGAUAUUUGCUGCAAGUCCAGAUCGUAGUGUACACAUAUGUUACCUUGGCGAGAGAUUAUUAACCUCAGAUUCUGUGACUGUGGACGGUGUUAUGAUGUGUAUAAAAAAUGAGACAGGACCUAUCUUCAAGAAAUACUGCCAUGUUGGGGAAAAUGAAACCACUUGUGACCCCUAUUUUGAAGACAAUCCGGCCUACACUAAACCUGGGAUCCCUGGACUUACUAGCAACGUCUUUCAUGAAAAUUUACAUAACAAGUAUACAUAUGCUGAUAACAUCAUUGGCCAGAAGAUUGAGGGGAACCGAGAUCGUGGAGAAAUUAUUGCCGACAUAACAUCGUCUUUUAUGGUUUUACUGGCAAUCUACUUUCCGUCUGUGACAGGUAUAAUGGCAGGUUCUAAUAGGUCAGGUGACCUUGAAGAUGCACAAAAGUCAAUUCCAACUGGUACAUUAUCGGCAAUAACAACUACCAGCAUUGUCUAUGUAACAUGUACAUUCUUCUUUGCUGGUACAAUAGAAGGAGAUUUACUCAGAGACAAACUUGGAGAAAGUAUAAACGGAGGGCUGGUUGUGGCGUACCUGGCAUGGCCGACAAAAUGGGUGAUUCUGAUUGGCUCUUUUCUGUCAACCGUUGGAGCAGGUCUUCAGUCGCUGACAGGAGCUCCGAGACUAUUGCAAGCCAUUGCUAUGGAUGGGGUUAUACCAGUAAUCAACUUUUUCUCUGUAACAACAAAACGUGGAGAGCCAUUUAGGGCGUUGUUGCUUACUUUGGCUAUAUCAGAGAUAGGAAUCUUGAUCGCCAACCUUGAUGUUGUAGCUCCUGUUAUAACAAUGUUUUUCCUGAUGUGUUAUGGCUUUGUGAACAUGGCGUGCGCAUUACAGACUCUGUUAAGAACUCCGAGUUGGAGACCAAGGUUCAAGUUCUACCACUGGAUUUUAUCAUUAAUUGGUCUAGCACUGUGUGUAGUUCUGAUGUUUAUAUCCAGUUGGUACUACGCUAUCACUGCUAUGGCUAUAGCUGCUUUUGUCUACAAGUACAUUGAAUAUAAAGGUGCUGAGAAAGAAUGGGGAGAUGGGAUCAGAGGUCUGGCCAUGUCAGCAGCCAGGUACUCUCUACUGAGGGUCCAACAGGGGCCACCACAUACCAAAAAUUGGAGACCUCAGUUGUUAGUGCUAUUUAAACUGGAUGAUGAGCUUCAGCCAAAAUAUUCCAAAAUGGUGGAGUUUGCCUCACAAUUAAAAGCUGGGAAAGGAUUGACCCUUGUAACAAGUGUAUUAGAAGGAAAAUGGAUGGACAGAUUUGCUGAUGCUCAGGCAGCUAAACAGAAUCUGCAGAAGGUUAUAGAUCAGACUGGAGUGAAGGGUUUUGCUGAUGUAGUUGUCACAGAAAGUGUCACUAGCGGCCUUUGUCAUCUAGUACAGAAUUCAGGUUUAGGAGGUCUUAGACACAACACAGUAAUGUUGGGGUGGCCUUACGGUUGGAGACAUAAUAUUGAUGAAAGGAGUUAUAAAGUCUUUCUUGAUACUGUCAAUAAUAUUGGUGCAGGACAAAUGGCAUUACUUGUGAUAAAGGGAGCUAAUCAUUUCCCAGCUAGUACAGAGAAAUUGAAAGGCACUAUAGACAUAUGGUGGAUUGUACACGAUGGUGGUCUACUUAUGUUGUUGCCGUUCUUGCUAAAACAACACAAAACUUGGAAAAACUGUAAACUAAGGAUAUUCACUGUGGCUCAACUUGAAGACAAUACAAUACAAAUGAAAAAUGACCUACAAAAGUUUAUGUACCAGCUAAGAAUACAGGCAGAUGUGGAAGUUGUUGAAAUGGCUGAAAGUGAUAUAACAGCUUACACGUAUGAAAGAACGUUGAUUAUGGAACAGAGAACCGAGAUGUUAAAGAACAUGAGGGUUGGUAAAAUUGUACAGCCGCAGUCCAUUGUGGACAACAGUCGAGCUUCUCUACCAGAGGUCACAGUGAAGUUAGACACUGUAACAGAAGAGUCUACCACAGAUGAGGAGAAGUUGUCUGAGAGGAACCAAUACACAUUUUCACCAAACUUCAGACAGGAAGGUGUGUCCAUGGAGGAAAUGGCGUCUUCAAUAAACAAAAAUGUACUGGAUAUCAAGCCAGAUCAGAAGAACGUACGUAGAAUGCAUACUGCGGUCCGUCUGAAUGAGGUGAUCAUACAGAAAUCCCAUGAAGCCAAACUUGUGAUAUUGAAUCUCCCGGCUCCGCCAAAGCAUGAAUCUGGUGAACUAAAUUACAUGGAGUUUUUGGAAGUCCUGACUGAAGGUUUGGACACUGUACUAAUGGUUAGGGGAAGUGGAAGUGAGGUCAUCACCAUAUAUUCAUGAUGUCGUCAAUUUAUGUGUAUCAGGAAAGUGGAAGUGAGAUCUUCACCAUGUAUUUAUGAUGUCACCAAUUAAUGUGUAUCAAGAAUGUGGAAAUGAGAGCAUCACCAUGUAUUCAUGAUGUCAACAAUUCAUGUGUAUCAAGAAAGUGGAACAGAGAUCAUCACCAUGUAUUCAUGAUGUCACCAAUAUAUGUGUAUCAGUGAAGUGGAAGUGGUCUUAUCACUGUAUUUAUUAUGUCAUCAAUUUAUGUGUGUAUCAACAAAGUGGAAAUGAGAGCAUCACCAUGUAUUUAUGAUGUCAUCAAUUUAUGCAUGUCAAAGAAUGAGAUCAUCAGCAUUAUAUUCAUUAUAUCCAAUAAAAUCCCAUAGGUGUAGUGGAAAUGGGGUUGCUGCCAUUUUAUUGUCAUUCAUAGACUGAAGCGAGGUCAUUACCAUAUGUUUCACAUGCCUUUUGUGUAUGUAGACAGCAGUAGAAAAGAGCUUAUACAUGUACUUCCAUAUUUUUCCGUCAUUAGCUUAAUGUUUAAGUAUGAGGUAGCCAGCACAAUGGCAGUGGUGUCAUCAUCCCAGUUCAAUGUCCCUGUAAGUUUAUUGGUAAAAGUUUGUCUUUUUCUGUUGAAAAGAGACUUUAAGCAUAUGCUUGCUAUGGUAAAAGUAUUUAUGUACACUGAUUACUUAGAAAAUAUUAUUAUUUUUUGAUUGUGUGAACAGUUUGUUACAGAUUAAUUGAUCUUAUUUUUGUCCCAGACUUUAACUUUCUUAAUUUGGACAAUCUCUGCUGUUACUAGAAGCAUUUAUCCUGCUAUGGCAUGUGCAAAUAUGGUUGAACUUUUAUUUUGAUUGUACUUUUGUAUGAACCUAUGUACAAUAUUUGUUUUCAAGAUCUGAGUAAAUGUUACACUUCACAUAGGAAGGGUAUAAGCUAGAUUUUAAGUAGAUAAAUGAGCCACGCCAUGGGAAAACCAACAUAGUGGGUGUGCGACCAGCAUUGAUCCCGACUUCGCGCAGUCUGGUCAGGAUCCAUGCUGUUCGCUAACAGUUUCUCCAAUUCCAAUAGGCUUUAAAAGCGAACAGCAUGGAUCCUGACCAGACUGCACGGAUGCGCAGGCUGGUCUGGAUCCAUGCUGGUCGCACACCCACUAUGUUGGUUUUCCCAUGGCACGGCUCAAAUGUGUUGAAAGAUAUUAUACAAGCUUUUCUCAUAAACUUAUUAGUCUGCCUUUGCUUGUUUACACUAGGAUUUUCUUUACUGAAUGCAUUUAAUAUUUGUUAGCUCGACUAUUCGAAGAAUAGUCUAGCUAUUCUACUCACCCUGGCGUCGGCGUCGGCGUCGGCGUCACACCUUGGUUAAGUUUUUGCAUGCAAGUACAUACAGCUAUCAUUUAAAGGCAUAUAGCUUUGAAACUUAUUUAUUCUUUUUCUAGGUCAAUUACCAACCUCACUGGGUCAAGUUCCAUAACUCUAACAUGUAUUUUGAGCAAAUUAUGCCCCCUUUUGGACUUAGAAAAUUCUGGUUAAAGUUUUACAUGCAAGUUACUAUCUCCAAAACUAAUGCAGAUAUUGAAUUGAAACUUCACAUGUGUCUUCGGGGUUAUAAAACUAGUUGAUAGCACCAAGUCCCAUAACUCUGACCUUCAUUUUGGCCAAAUUAUGCCCCCUUUUGGACUUAGAAAAUUUUGGUUAAAGUUUUGCGUGCAAGUACAUACAGCUAUUACUAAAAGGCAUAUAGAUUUGAAACUUAUUUUUUCUUUUUCUAGAUCAAUUACCUACCUCACUGGGUCAAGUCCCAUAACUCUGACAUGUAUUUUGGCCAAAUUAUGCCCCCUUUUGGACUUAGAAAAUUCUGGUUAAAGUUUUGCGUGCAAGUACAUACAGCUAUUACUAAAAGGCAUAUUGAUUUGAAACUUAUUUUUUCUUUUUCUAGAUCAAUUACCUACCUCACUGGGCCAAGUCCCAUAACUCUGACAUGUAUUUUGAGCAAAUUAUGCCCCCUUUUGGACUUAGAAAAUCCUGGUUAAAGUUUUACAUGCAAGUUACUAUCUCCAAAACUAAUGCAGAUAUUAAAUUGAAACUUCACAUGUGUCUUCGGGGUUAUAAAACUAGUUGAUAGAAUCAAGUCCCAUAACUCUGACUUGUAUUUUGGGCAAAUUAUGCCCCCUUUUGGACUUAGAAAAUCCUGGUUAAAGUUUUGCGUGCUGCAGUACAUACAGCUAUUACCAAAAGGCAUAUAGCUUUGAAACUUAUUUAUUCUUUUUCUAGGUCAGUUACCAACCUCACUGGGUCAAGUUCCAUAACUCUUAACAUGUAUUUUGAGCAAAUUAUGCCCCCUUUUGGACUUAGAAAAUUCUGGUUAAAGUUUUACAUGCAAGUUACUAUCUCCAAAACUAAUGCAGAUAUGGAAUUGAAACUUAACAUGUUUCUUCGGGGUUAUUAAACUAGUUGAUAGCAUCAAGUCCCAUAACUCUGAUAAGCAUUUUAGUCAAAUUAUGUCCCGUUUCGAACUUAAAACUCUUUUGAUAUUUAACAUUUUGGGUAAUAAUUUCCUGCUUCUGUGACAAUAUUUCGAAUAGUCGAGCUUGGCUGUCUUACGGACAGCUCUUGUUUUAUUUUUGUUGUAGAAAGGUUGCAUUUAUAAAACAUUUAAGUUCUCACCCAUUAUUGAAUAUGAAUCUCCCUUUGAGACUGGUUCUCAUAAAGUUGGUCCAUGGUCUAAGACUAUAAAACUAAGAAUGGAGACCAGUCUCACAAUGCAAUCUUGCUGUUGGUCAAUCUCCAAAAAAUGUGCAAGGAAACAACCAAUCAGGUGCAAGAAUUUUGAGACUGGUUCCCAAAGAGAGUUUCAUAAACACGGAACCAGAAUAGGAGCUUGAUAAAAUUGUUGUCUGCUACUGGAAUAAUAGUAUUAGAAAAAGUGAAAGAUAGUAUAUGUAUAGAAAUGUCAGGAUGGCUGUGAACAUUUUGUCAGCUUUUAUAGUAAAAUACAACAUGGAACUAUUUUCCUGUUAUCCUGUAUAAAUAGAAUAAUAUAUAAAUAAAAACUGUGAUCCAAAUUUAUCUCCCUAUAUAAUUAAAUGAUUUAAAAUGUACCAUGAUUUCAAUAAUAAUAAGUUGUUUUAUCAUUGGAAUGUACUUUUCUUUGCAAAUGUUUCCUUUUUUUUAGGUGCGGAACUUUACAGUUAAUAUUUAAUAUGUCUUCCACCACACAGUGGUGUUGGAGACAUAUUGAUUUAAUCCUGUCUGUGUCUCUGUGUGUGUGUCGGCCUGUGCGUCAGUCUGUGUGUUUGUCACAAAUCUUGUCUGCACUCUUUAAGUCGAACAUUUCUCAUCCGAUCUUCACCAAACUUGAACAAAAUGUGUUUGCCAAUAAGUCCUCAGCCAAGUUCAAUAACUAGCCAAAUCAGCCCAUGCACUUUGGAAUUAUGGCCCUUGAAACUUGUUUUUUGAUAAUCAAAGCACUGAAAGUCUGAUAAGGCAGUUGAGGUCUUGGUGCAUGGUUGACUCAUAUACUAUUAUUCAGAUGAUUAGGCAGUUGUGGAAGACAUGCGCUUUUCUCAAAAGCAGCUCUAGUCUUUUUAUGUUUUAGUUAUUGACACAUUAUACAGUCCAAGAUUGUGUGUUCAUUUAUACAUGACUGAGGUUGAAUUCUGAAUAUUUUUCAUAUGCUGAAGAUGUUGUGUACAACAUUAAAAUUAUUGUGUUCACUUUCGCAAACAGUAGAGUCUAUAUAUUAUAUAAUAUUGUUGAAAAUACAUGUCAAAACUGCAUUUAUUGUAUAAAUUUGUGAUAAAGCUAUAUUUUAUGUGUAGCAAAUAUUGCUUGCAGCUAGUCUGUCUUUGUUAUUGUGUUAUUUAUUUUAUAUGUUAAUAAUGUACAUAAUAUUAUAUGCAUGUAAAUAUCAUAUUUUUAAUUAGAAUACACAUUUUUUUACUAGGUUAAACUUCCAAUUGUCUCUUCCAGUAUGCACAAUAAUUUCAAACAGAUUAAUUAGACAUUUUUUUUGUUUAACAUUAUUUAUGUACUGUAAUGCUUUUUCAUCCAGUAAGAUGGAUGCUAAUGGUUAAGGUGUCAGCUACACAGCUUGGAGGUCACAGGUUUGACUUUCUAGGUCAUAUUUCAUCAGUACCUUUUUUCAUGAAACAGAUUUCAAAAUAAUUCAUACAAACGUUCAUUAUUAUCCAUAAUCUAUCUUAAAAAAGUUAGUAUCAUGUGAAGUUUUGUCUACCAACGAACAUCAUAAAAACUCUGUGGAUUUUGUUGUUAAAAGUUAAUCCAAAGUUGUAUCGUUCCAAAUUAGGAUACCUCAUAUUUCCCCAUACACUAAUAAGAAUAUUCUGCCUAUAUGUGGAAGCACUGGUUUCUUAUCAUGAGAAGAGAGGAUGUGCUGUUGUUCAGUAAUUAUUUAUUUUUAAUUUACAAAGAUUUGUUGCAGUUAUGUCUAGGAUUAUGAAUCUGUUAAUAUGUUAAAGUUGAUUAUAAUUGCAAAUAUGGCCUGAUAUUUGAUUUAUCGUAAAAGGUGCCUGCUUAGUCGAGUAUGGAGAGUACAGAUUUACAAAUCAUAGGAUUGAGUUCAAUUCCGGGUGGGCUGGUUUAUGUUCUCCGUGACAAUUUUAUAAAAGAAAUUGUGUCUGAAGUCAUUUCCUCCUCAUCUCCUGGUUUGUAUGGAGAUGUUGGCAGUUACUUGUAGAGGACAGGUUGGUACUGGUACAGGUUUGUAUGGAGAAGUUGGCAGUUACUUGUAGAGGACAGGUUGGUACUAGUACAGAGUCCAAGAACAUUGGUUAGGUUAACUGCUAGCCAUUACAAAAUUGAAUUACUGUUGGAAAAUGAACUAAAUCCAAAACUAACAAACAAAUGAUUUAUUGUGAUUAAUUUCAGAUGUGUUUUUUUAUGGCAAAUUGCAAAAUGGCAAGUUUUGAAAGAGAGACGGUACGUAACACUGGUGUUUAGCUUGUUUUGUAUAUAAAGUUCAUGACUGUUCAAUUUUAUACAAUUCUGGUAUUAAACCUUUAGUCUGCUAAAUUUCUAAAAUGGACUGGUCAAUCAUCCAAUUAGGGCAGCACCACUAUAAUUCAAAGGGGUGUUCACUGAAAAUUAACUGACCGAAUAGCGAACAGUACAGACCAUGAUCAGCCUGCACAGACGUGCAGGCUGAUCUUGGUCUGCACUGGCUGCAAAAGCAAAAUCAUUUGUCGCCUGUAGGCUAAAGGUAAAUGAAAUUUUUUUAAAGAAAAUUGGAAGAGAUGAUUUACAACCUGAAUUAAUGUUUCUUCAUGUAUGAAAAUCUCUGUCAAAUAUUUUAUGCAUUUAGGAAAAAUGAUUCUGCCAGUAUUAUAUAUCCGAUACUUGGUCCCGUAGAUUUAGGCUUCCAUUAUGUUAUUUGCUAAUGUAAAAAAAAGUGUGGCUGAGCCAUACAUGUUUUGUGUUCCUUGAAUAGACUGUGUUUUACAAUAUUUUACGCAUUUAUCUGCUAUAGAAAGUAUUAUUAUAGCUUACGUAUAUUUAGAUUUUUUUAUAUAUUCAGUUUAGUUGCUGUGUUCGCUGAUAUUGUGGGUUUUUAUUUUGGGUUUUAUCACUAUGCUUGUUUUCACAAAUGAGCCGUGCCAUGAGAAAACCAACAUAGUGGGUAUGCGACCAGC